AAAUGCUGAAAGUCGUCGGUGCUUCGUGGUACAAGACCAAAAUUGGCAGCCUCAUUGUCCUGGCUGCCAUCAUCCUCGGCCUGGGGGCGCUCUUCAUCAUCGACAUGGAGAGGCCAACAUUCGACGGCACGUUCUGUGCCACUGUUUACUGGACGAAGAUGUCUGGGUAUCGCGUGGAAUUCUGGGGUCAGCAGAAUGAUCUUGACUCCAUUCCGCUCGGCGUGGCCCGAAUUUGCUACAAGGACACAAUCUUCGAGAAUGGUUGGUCGCAGAUUGAGAUCGAGACGAAUCCUGUGUACUCAGACAGGAUUCAGGCCACCGGAGCGGGGAUUCUGGAAGGUGCUUUGACGUGGAAGAGCAUCUACUAUCAGUGGACAAAUAUGAUCAACGCUCAGUGUCUGAAGGAUGACGACUCGAUGGCUUUCUGUGCGUGGGCGCGGAAGAUUUUGCUGAAGAACUACGAGAGUGUGAGGAAACAGGCAGAAUUGAAUGCGGAUCAUGAUCACUACUGGUAUCAAAUCCAGCUGUUCUACUAUCAACUCGAAGGCUUGGAGUUUGGGUGGCGAAAGGGCAUUAAGAGAUCAGCUCUGAAGAGAUCACGCCUGGAGAUUCCGCCUGAAGACUUUCUUCUGAUGAAUGCCGGCGGUGAUUUACGAGAUUUGCGCAUUUACUACGAUCGCGUGAUGAUGGGAAGAUCUUCGGAUGCCAACAAGGAUGUGCGCUCGAGCAUGUUGCUGAAUAUCAGCGAGGAGAAUGGCAUUAUAAAGCUCCUGGUUGGGCACUCUGCGGCGAAAUCGUAUUCUCUGAUGCUGAGGAUCGUUAAGAAGUAUAAAUUUAACUUCCAUUUCUCACGAGAUGCCAAAUCACACGUCGUUCCUGGCUCUAAUAUCAUCUUCUCUGGAUAUCCGGGAGUGUUGUCGUCAACUGAUGACUUCUACAAGAUCUCCGGGCGUCACGGGCACUUGAUUGUGGCUGGAGUGGGCAUUGUGAAUAAGAAUCCAGCACUGUGGCAUCAAUUGGAUUUGAGGAAGAAUGUGAUUCUGUCGGCUAGAGCAAUGGCUGCCAAUCGCUUGGCGUACAAUGGACGCUCCUGGUCGCGUGUGAUGGCCAAAGAUCCGGGCACUGGUGCCAAGCAGUGGCUCGUCUCUGAUAGGAAGAUUCUCAGGCAUCUCAUCACGACUCGCAAAGCUGCGGAGUUUGCCGAAAAAUCUCCGGUGCCGCGUGUAGAGACGCAAACGGUAAAAAUGAGCACGUAUCAACCGUUCGAGGAGGGCUCGCAGGAGGGCGUCCAGAUUCGUCCAGAUGUGGAGACGAGGGGACUCGUUUGGCUUGUGGAUCAACUGCCCGGAAGACUCUAUGCCGAGGACGUGACGGAGACUCUGUACCAGCAAGGGACGAUCUUCUGCAAUGGCACGCCGUACUUCAAUGCCACAAUCGAAUUGAGCCUAGUCGAGCAGGAGAAUGAGAAGCCCAUCCCACGCAACUUCACUGAUCUCGAUGAUGUGGGGCUGUUCUUGCGCCAGAGAGCCAAUCGUGGUGAUCUGAGUGAGGAGAAUCCCAAAGCUUACGGAAACAUCGAUCUCAAGCUAUACGCAGAAACCAAUUCUGGCGACAUGGAAUUUCACGCCAUUUCUGGUCCCAUCAGUCUUCCCAUCAAAGAGUACACUUUCAAUGCCUUCACAGUGUCUUCAGACGAUCCCAAGACAUUAAAUCUGGUCAAACACGCUGAACCUUUUCGCUGGAGUGACUCAAAUCUGCCUGAGAAGCACGCUGGACAUCCGGAUGCGUGGAAUUUUGAUAAAAUGUCCCCAAAAUGGGCGUGGAAGUGACUCCUCUUUUCCCUCCAGCUCAUUUUGAGCCUCUCAUAGAUGAAUUUUUUUCCACAAAUAAAUGAUUUUCUUGAA